CAAACAAAGUCGUCCUGCUGCGAUGCCACGCUAGUCCGCAUUCGGCAGCCGUCCACCUUGUUUCUAUUCUAUAUCUUCCCAACCUUUUGUUUUUCACAAUACUUAUACAGUAACUGUCGUCAGUCAUUAAAGCUAGCACAUCAACACGUUUGGGCCGGCACCAUGGCAACAUCUUCUGUAUCGACCCCAAACGGCGAUCCGGAUAAGCAGACACCGCCGGAUGACGAAGAAUACAACUAUACUCGCCGGAUGGGCUGGAAAGCCUUGUUUACUUUCACUACCAGAAAGCAUGUACCUCUCCUCUCUGCCGCAUUUUUCGCCGCACUCAUUGCUGCUCUUGCCAAUCCCGCCAUUGCCAUUGUGCUUGGCUCCAUUUUUCACCAGUUCACGGAGUUCGGCGGAGGUAGCAUAACAGCAUCCGAGUUUCUUCACCAGGUUUCCAAGUAUUGCAUAUAUCUGACGGCAUUUGGUUGCGCUUGUUGGGUUGGUAACAGCAUCUACUUCACCUUGUUCCUGUCUUUUGGUGAGCUCCAGGCUCAUAACGCACGAGAAGUGAUCUUCGCUACUCUACUUCGGAAAGACAUGUCUUGGUAUGAUACCAGGGAUACAGGUGUUACAGCAUUGCUUCCAUCGAUACAAGCCCAGAUACGCGAUCUGCAAUUGUCUGUUUCUCAGCCCUUGGGCGAGGUUUCGCAAUGUGUGUUUGGAACCAUUGCGUCCCUAGCCGUCGCCCUGUACUCCUCGUGGAACCUGACAUUAGUCGUUAUAUGCUCCGUCCCGAUCGUCUACAUAAUCCUGAGCUUUCUAUCCAUUGCCUUAGGAAAGCGCGCCCACGAGCAAGGCGAAAUGCUUCGUCAUGCACUAGGCAUCGUCACAGACACUAUAUCCCAUAUAGAAGCGGUGAAGUACUUCAACGGCGAACAUUCCCAGCUUCAGAAAUAUGUAAAUGCCAUAAGUCGAUCCGGUCGAGCGUACAAGAAACUGGCAAAUCUCCGCUCUAUGCAGCUGGGAUUUACUCAGUUCUUCGUAUUGAGCAUCUUCGUUCAGGGCUUCUGGUAUGGUAGCUCUCUGGUCAUGAAGGGAAACAAGAACCCUGGUCAGGUGCUUACAACAUUUUGGGCCGCUUUGAUGACGGUACACUCCGUCACCGCUUUUCUACCGCAGUUCAUUGUGCUUCAGAAAGGAAAAGUGGCUGGGGCGAGGCUGAAAGCCAUGGUGGCGCGAAUGUCCAAGGACGAUUUCGGAACUGAAACUACGGGAGAUAUUAGGCCUCAGCAUACCCUAGGAAACAUAGAAUUCAGGCGGGUAUCAUUCUCCUACCCAACACGGCCUGAUCAGCUUGCUCUGCACGAAGUAUCUUUGCUUUUCGCAGCUGGGCAGACAACGUUCGUGAUCGGCAAGAGCGGGUCCGGUAAGAGCACAUUAGGCCAGCUUCUAGUUCGAUUCUAUCACCCACGGUCAGGAACAGUCCAGUUUGACGGGUCACCGCUGGAUUACUUCGACAUUGGAUGGCUUCGUGACCAAAUCACUUUGGUUGAGCAACACAGUAUGCUUUUUGAAGACACAAUCCGUCACAACAUUGCCCUGGGAUGCAAAGGUCGGAAGCCUGACCAGUCCGAAAUUGAGGGGGCCGCAAGGUUUGCUAGGCUUGAGAAAAUGAUCCAGGAUUUUCCCAAAGGAUAUGAGACUAUUCUAGGCCCCCAAAACACGGGUUUGAGCGGUGGCCAAAAACAAAGAAUGGCGUUAGCCAGAGCCCGCUUACGAGACACGCCAGUUCUCGUUCUGGACGAGUCCACGAGUGCGCUCGAUUACACCACGAGGUCUGCAAUUAUCAGUGCAAUCCGCGAAUGGAGACAGGGAAAGACGACCAUCAUUAUCACGCAUGAUAUCUCGCAGAUACAGCAGAAUGAUCGAGUUUUUGUCAUGGAGAAUGCUCAGCUAGUUCAGCAAGGAACCCGAAAGGAUAUGGAACGAGCACUCGAUUCCCCAUUUGCAAAGUUCUUGGGAGCAGAAGAUGAGGAGCUGGAGCCCGAGCCCAAAGAAGACGAAGCGCCAAUGGAUGAUACAGAAGAGAUAAUGUCGCUAUAUGCGGGCUCAUGGGACGGCCAAGUCCAGUCGAAUCGUCGCUCGUUUGUCCCGCUCUUCAGACAGUCGAUGAUAUUCUCUCCGUUCGGUAACAAUACUCAGGACGAUUUCCCAACUUUCUUUAUGUCUAGGGUAAACGCACACGAGUACGAGUCUGAGUGGCCUGACCAAUAUGCGAUGAAGGCAUUGCCCGCCGCAAAACCAAACCAUCAAGGGGAAGUUGUCGCUAUAGGGAAACCAAGGCUAGUUUCUGUUUCAAAGCCCAGAGCAAACAGCCAAAGUGAAAUUAUCUCUCAGAGACACGUCGUCUCUAAUGAACGCCCAUUACCCCCUCUUCCAACUGUUCGUGAGGGCCCUGGGGAUGCCCCCUCCUUUCGUAGGACCUUUCGUGCGAAGAGGGAAUGGCGCAAGGCACGCAGGAACUUCAACAGAGAGUUUCGUUCUACGACUCCUCCUUUGCAUAUCAUGGAGAUUGUUAAAUCCGUCUGGCCUCGAGUAGGUUGGUCUUCGCGCCUCUCGAUCAUAGUCGCUGUGUUCUGCGCCCUGAUUCACUCAGCCGCAACUCCUACAUUCGGUUACGCGUUCUCGAAACUCCUCGAAACGUUUUAUAACAAGGAAGACCAGAAGAAGAAAGCAAUGACUUGGGCCCUAUCUAUACUUGGCAUAUCAGUCAUUGACGGACUGACGACUUACGCCUGGAAUGCAUUGUUCGACAUCGCAGCGCAAACAUGGGCUAAUGCACUCAAGCAGGAGGCGAUGAAGCGCAUCUUGAUGCAGCCUAGAGAAUUCUUUGACAAAGAGGAAAAUGAUGUGUCUCAUCUGGCGGAGUGUUUAGACCAGUUUGCAGAAGAAGCUCGCAAUCUACCGGGUCGCUUUUGCGGCAUUCUACUCGUCAUGUUAUUUACUAUGACGAUUGCUUUUAUCUGGAGCAUCGCCAUAUCUUGGAGACUCACACUGAUGUCUUUGGCCUGCCUUGGAGGCAUGUUCUGUAUAAUGAAGGCAUACAAUACGAUCAGCAAUCACUGGGAGAGUUUGUCCAACGCAGCAAACGAUAUUAUAGGGAAGAACCUGCACGAGACUUUUGUCAACAUCAGAACCGUGCGCUGUCUAGCUCUCGAGGAGGUUUUCCGUGCGAGGUAUAAAGCCUCCACCUCAAAAUCGCUUCAAGUCGGUUUCAAGCGUUCCAUAUAUACUGGGUCUAUAUUUGGGCUGAGCUACGCGAGUUCUCCGCUCGCAACAACCCUUUUGUUCUAUUGGGGCGCAUACAACGUCUCAAAAGGCUACAUGACACCCAUACAAUUCAUAGAAGCUUUCAACAUCCUGAUGUUGAGCGUUUCUCAUGUGGCAAUUAUUGGCAACUACAUUCCCCAGAUCAACGUCGCUCGCGAUGCAGGGUCUCGACUGAUACGGCUUACUCGUCUUCCACAAGAUUCUCACGAACUCGGCGGCACAGAUCAAUUGUUUAGUGUCGGCGACAUCUCUCUCGACAAAGUGAACUUCACCUAUCCCACUCGACCCGAUCAUCAAGUUCUUCAUGACGUGACUUUCGAUAUUCCCCGCGGGAGCUGUACUGCUAUCGUUGGCACCUCAGGAUCAGGCAAAUCCACCAUCGCCGCACUCCUCCUUAAACUCUACCCCACACCAUCGGCUGGUGCACGGAAUCGCCCCGAACUCUCAAUCUCCGGUCAGGACAUUAACAAACUCCACACGCUGACUCUCCGAUCCCGAAUCGCAGUCGUUUCGCAAACCCCCGUGAUCUUCCCAGGCAGCAUCGCAGAGAACAUUGUCUACGGACUCAGCCCAUCGAGCCGCCUCACAUCAGCCGAGCACAUCCGCGCAGCUGCUUCUGCAGCUGGUGCCGCAGAAUUCAUAGAAAGCUUGCCACAAAGCUACCGCACAAUCAUCGGUGAAGGCGGAACCGGUCUCUCUGGCGGCCAGGCACAGCGAAUAGCCAUUGCGCGUGCGCUCGUGCGUGAGCCCGAUAUCCUGAUUCUCGAUGAGGCCACGUCCGCUUUGGAUGUCGAGUCCGCAAACACCAUCCGCGAUACCAUCCAGCGGCUCGUGCGCGACAGCAAAGUCGCAGGUGAAGAAUUUUUCGACGUCCAUUUCGGAGGUACUAUGGGACAAGGUGUGAGUGGUAGCGGGUUGGGAAAGAAGCAGAUGACGGUUAUCAUCAUCACGCACGCGAAGGAGAUGAUGGCGAUUGCAGAGCAUAUUGUCAUGCUGGAUAAAGGCCGUGUUGUUGACCAGGGCAAGUUUGAGCAGCUAAGAAGAAACCAGGGGGCUUUUGGGAGGUUGUUGAAGGGGAAGAGGGUCAGUGUUUUUGCGUAA